AGCUUUGAAAUCAGUGGUUUUAUUUCAGUGGUGACUAAAGCAGAUGUUCUGAUUAUGGUCUGGAAAUAAGCAAUGCAAGCUGCCAGGCAUUUGGACCAUUGCUUUUCUUCUGCGCACUGGUUAAUUUAUGUGAGAAAAAUCUUAGGAGAAUAUGAAGUUACAAGUAUUUUUACAGAAAGACUUUUAAACUUGAGACAUAGUUUCUGUCUUCUUGAUUACAUGACAAUAUCAUAGUGAAUCUAGCUAGUAUUUUUUUAGUUGGUGAAGUUUUCAGUAAAAAGACUUGCAGCGUGCUCAGAGUACAGUGAAAGUAUGACAAACCAAAAGCUUAUAAACCAAGAACAGCAUGGGUUGCUUGCUAUUAAGAUGAUACUAAGACAAGAGUAUUUAGUUGUGUGUUAGGAAACAAGAAGAAAAUGGCCAUUACCUUGACCAGACCUGUAACUUUUUUCUGUGUGCAUCUUUCCAUAUGAAGUCCAAAAGAUCACGUGCCUUUGUCUGUCAGCUUGGGAAUAACCAGCUCACACUGAGCUGCUGCACAGGCUCACAAAUGCAUGCAUUUAAGUGUUAAAAGUCUGUCUGUGGAGAUGAAUUAUGUGGCACCAGCUUGUUAUGUGCUGACUCUGUCACAUGCUACUGCUGCAUUUGCCUCAGGUGAAAAAAACCCCAGCCAAAACAUAGAAAGAUUUUCAGAAUACUGUGAACUUCUGAUGAAAGUGGGCCAUAUUGUUGCUGUGGCAGGAGGUGUCCCACGAGGUUUUUUGUAGCACUGUUAAAUUGCAAGAGGUUUUUCAUCUAAAUGGUGCAACUCAAUGAAGUUUUUCUUUGUGUUCAAUUCUGGAGUUUGACUUGAUAGCAGCACAGGUAUAUUUCUAAUGACAUGAAUAUUUAAGAAUGGAUGUGGAAUUCCCUCUUCUUGUGAAGUUGUGGUUUUUUUAGCCAUAACCUGACAUCUUAGUGGGAAAGAAUACGGUAACAGUUUCAUGCUUAUGGUAGUUCUACUUGUUUGCUCUGAUUUGAAGAAACUAGCAGUGUUAAUUACUCUUAUGUAGUUCAUUGGUCUGUUAUAUGUAAUUAGGUAGAUGAAUUCUAGUUCUGCACUUUUUUUUUUUCAGAUGGAAAAUAUGUUUUUUAACACUUAGUCAUGGUCUUUUAUAAUGUCCAACAUUUGAAUACACUUAAUGUCUCUUUGAGAUUGUUUUGCAGGUAGAUUUAGCUGUACUCUGCUGGUGUUCUAAGCUGAGCAGGAAUGCUUUAGAAGUGUUUUAGGCAGAGCAAUAACCAGGCUAUUAAAACUCCGUGAGGAGCAAGAUAGAGCCCUGAUUGAAACACUGCUAGUUCGGACUCAGGAAUAUACUGACUGUGUCUGUGCAGCCUUUGGGCUGCCCAGAGCUCAAAAGUGAAGAGAUCAUUCACAGGGUACAUGACCUGUCUGAAGGAUUUUAUGAAUGAUCCCAGAAGAGAAGAGCCUCUAAUUGGUUUAGAGCAUGUGGUCGAAGUCAGAUUUGAAGGGAAAAGAGAGCCACGUUAUGAGUGCAGGCUGUGUGGGUGUAAUUCAGAGGUGGCACCUAUGAUAGAGCAUCUUAGUGGAUAUAAACACAGAAGAGAAUACAUUUCUAAAGAAUUUCCAGAUAAAAUGAGGAGAAGACCAACAGAUGCAAAAGAAUGCAAAGUCUCGUUUUUCAGACGGAUAGCAGGAGAGCUAGAGAAGAGUGAAGGAUUAAAAAUGUAUAAGAGGGAAGGUUACAUAAGACCAGCUACCUCAUCUGCAUUGAAGAAGAAAACAAGGUGGGAAGAUAAGCAUGAGAAUGAUCCUGUUCGGAAACAAAAAGCUCUGGAGUUCUUGGAGACUUUUCACAUCACCUCAGACUCAGAAGCAACACUUGUUGUUCGCAUUACACAGGAACUCAUGGAGGCUUUGAAGGCUUUUUGUGAAAAGAAAGCAGCAGGUAAUUACACCAACAGUUUAGGCCUGAUGUCAGUACCGCAAGAUGAAUUUCCAGAAGGGAAAAGCAUCCCAGAACACUAUGGGCCAGAUGUAGAAUACAAAGGAAGUUCUGACUGGAAUCAGGGUUUUUUGUCCCAGUAUGAAGAGUGUUCUGAAGGUGCUUCUUUUGUUCCUGCUCACUCAAACAGUUACCAAGCAGGUGAUGGAUCAUCCUCCUGUCAUCUGACAUCUGACAACUUUGCAAGUAUGUCUCUGCUCGGGGACUCUCCUGCUGCUGAGCCUGACACUCCUGCCAGUGGUGUCAGCGAAUGGCUGAGACAGCUCAGAAACUCCAUGCCCUGCACAGAUUUGGCUGCUGUGCCCUCUCCAUACCAGACCAGCCCAGUGAAGGAGUACUCAGCAGAAUACAUAUCCAGUGAUGUGCAAGGAAGUGAGCUCUGUGAUAACAGACUCUCAUUUGGCAGAGAAAAUACAAAAUGGAGGAAUCAACAAGUGUGUACCAAAGCAAGGCAUAUAAGUGACCAAGAAUUAUCCUAUCCCAAUUCUUCUGCCUCAUAUACUUCAUCUGGAAGAUACUUUACAAACUAUGUCUCACAAAACUAUUCCUCUUACAAGAACUAUGAGUCCACAAAUACUUGUACAUCUUCUGCAAAUUCUGUUGUUUCAGGAAGAGAUGGCUCCAGGUGGCACCAGGACACUAGGUGGAAUGAGCACUAUAGGUGGAAUGAGGACUCUAGCUGGAAGCAGGAAUCUAGGUGUCAAGGAUUCAGGUAUCAGAAAUCAGGCUAUCAGAGAGACUGGAGUUCACAACAGGACUCAUUUUCUGGCAGUGGUUCAUACCAGGAUCACCAGCAGUUCAGAAGCUCAGAAGAGAUGUUUAAUGGAGUUGAUGUUGGUCUUGCUCCCAACACUGUGAACAGACUGCUAGGAAAGGAUGUCCCCACAAUGACCAGGAUGCUCAAACAGCUGGCUCCGUAUCAUCCAGCGCUUCAAAAAAUAAAUAUUCAGACAUUCGUCAAUGUGCUAAUAGAAGCUAGAGAGAAGGAUUAAGGAGCAGCAGCUGACUUGGAAACAGAAGAAGAGAUUUGAGAAUCUCCAUCCCUUGGCUUUCAGGAAAGAGACUGCAUUUAACUCUUUGUUUGGCUGGCUUGGAGAGGUAAAGGGAGGGAGGGUUUAAGUUUUUGACAUGUGAAAUAUAGCUGGAACAUGAACUUGCACAUAAUGGGUAAACAUACUAUUUUGUUUAGGCUUUUUGUAAUGUAUUUGUUAUAUCUUAGUAUAUUUCAGAAAAAAGAUCUUUUGUUAUUUUUUGAAAAUAUGUUAAAAUUACUCUGUCAGCAAAAAGUUAACAAUCCUUUUAAUACCUUUCUCAAUUCAGAAAAGAAAGAAAGGUUUACUUUAAUGCUACCUACUUAGGAAGAAUAUUAAUUGAAAAUACAGGUUUACUUUCCUUCACACAAAUGUAAGGCCAGUUUCAUUAAUUUGAGGUUUUAUAAUUAGGAUAUUUUAGAAAUUGAUAUACUACAUUUCUGUUUAGAGAAAGAAAGGAGAAUGUUACAGCAAAGAUAUUCUCUAUCUUAAUGUGAUGCUAUAUGAGGAAAACGUAAUCUGUGCUAGAGGACUGGUAUGUAACGGGGCAUAUCAGUUUCAAUUUGCAGAGUAAGAAAUGGUGUGAAAUAUAUGCAAAUUUUUAAAUCAUGUUGUUCGAAAUGAAAUAAUUAUGAAUUAUCCUAAAAACUCAUUUGGUGAAUGGACCCAUGCUAAAAUAAAAAUUUUUGAUUCUUUCUAUUGGCAAAAGCAUAUUAAGAAAUAGUAGAACCCAUAACACAAUCAGAUAAAAUAACAGGAAAAAAUAAAAUUGUUGUACUAACUGAGAGUACUUACCAGUUCAUGCAGUGUAUCAGAGCCACAUGCUCAUGAAUGCCUGGCUUUAGAUAUCUGCUCUAUGUAAUUAAAACCAGCUUACAUGGAGCUGAAGAAAAGAAGUAAAGUGAGACAGUUUACUCCUGAGUGUCUGUUUUCCUUUUCACUGCUGCAUUGUGGACUAUCAUUUUUCUUGUCACCCAUGCUGGAACCGUGUCUCUGUGCAUUAAAUACUUGUGCUGAAGCAGGGUUAGUCUUCAUGAGCUGUCAUAAAACAUUUUGGAUCUUGUUAUGUAAAUUUUAAUAAAAACUCAAUUUAUUAUUGAGCAUCUAAACUCAA